AUGAGCACCUUUAAGAACGUGGCUAUCUUUGGCACUGGGUUCCUGGCCAGUGCUCUGAUCCCACAGCUGUCCAAAAGCGGCUUCAAGGUGACUGUUCUGAGCCGAAGCGCCUCUACUAAGGAGUACCCCGAGGGUGUUGUUACCGGUGCUGUGGAUUAUUCCUCUGUCGACAGCUUGACCAAGGCGCUCCAGGGGCAAGAUGUUGCAAUUGCCGCUCUGGCCAUGCCUGCACUCCUUGUGCAAACAAACAUCAUCGAAGCGUGCAUCAAGGCGGGCGUGAAGCGAUAUAUUCCUUCCGACUUUGGUGCCCUCACCACGAGACCGGUUACAAGAGAUCUGCCUUUAAAUGCGCCUCUUAACGUCAUUCAAGAUCUCUUGAAAGAGAAAGCAGCAAAGGGAGAGAUCGAAUACUCCAUCAUCUCUCCUGGAAUGUUUCUGGAAUACGUAUUGAACUCACCCUUGAUCAUUGAUCUAAAGGGCCAUUCCGUCAACCUCUACGAUGAGGGGAAGCACCCAUUCAGUACUACAAGCAUUGAGACUAUUUCCAAGGCUGUUGUUUCCGUUCUUAAGGGGAGCGAGGCCACGAAAAACCGCGUUCUGUACAUCAACGAUACCACGACGACACAGGCCGACCUGCUUCGUUUUGCAAAGAAACACUCUCCAACAGGAACGGAGUGGAAAGAAACACCUCUUGACGCGCAGGUUGAGUUUGAUAAAGCGGUUGAAAAUGCUGCCAAGAACCCAACCGAUCCCACAGCACUGUUCCCUGUUCUCCAGGCAGCUGUACUUGGAGGGAAGUAUGAGGCGGCAUACCCGGAAAUCGAUAAUGAACUUCUUGGCCUGCCACUUCUAACUUCUAAUGAACUUGAAGCAAAGGUGGCAGCCACAGUUCAGGCGACGGAAUAG